AUGAGUUUCUCCAGCCUGUGCUAUCCAGAAUGCGGGGUGGCCCGACCCAGUCCAGUCACUGGCAGCGCCAACGAGCCGUGCAUUAGGCAGUGCCCUGACUCCGAAGUGGUGAUCAGACUCUCACCGGUUGUCGUGACCCUCCCCGGACCAAUUCUCAGCAAUUUCCCUCAAGAGAGCGAAGUGGCAGCUGUAGGAGCACCUGUGGUCGGAGCCGGUUUCGGAGGCUCCUAUGGUUUGGGGGGAUUGUACGGCUAUGGAGGCCAUUAUGGAGGAUUGUAUGGUUUAGGGAGAUUAGGUGGUUAUGGUGGCCAUUACGGUUAUGGGGGAUUAUUGGGCUAUGGGGGAUACUGUGGUUACCCAGGCCUUUAUGGUUAUGGGGGAUUACGGGGAUACGGGGGACACUGCGGUUACCCAGGCCUUUAUGGUUAUGGGGGAUUAAGUGGUUCCGGGGUAUCUUGCCAUAGGUACCUCAGUGGAAGGAGUGGGCCAUGUUAAACUCACCAGGAAUAUUCAUGGAAGGAAGAACCAGGAAAUGAACAGCAAGAUACAGAUUCACUCCUGAUCUUUUGGGCAUGGCUUUCAGAAGCGCUGUGCAAACAUGGCUCCCGUUGAACUCAGUGGGAGCUGUGUGUGCUCAGCACCUUGGGCUGAUAGCCAUGCUGCAUUUCUAAUGUUACGCUUUAUGACUCUUUCUGCCAAGGCUUUCCCAACCAAGUGCUGAUUCUCUUUUGGAC